GUUAUUACAAAAAUGCUAUAACCAUAUAAUCCUCAAUCGACCAAACAAUUGAGUCUUGCUCUCUUGCCGCUCAAUCCUGUCGAUCUGUUCUCUGUCGCCGCUCUUGCUGGAAACCUAAUUGCUGAUCCUUGCUUUGGAACUUUCAGAUUGAGGAUAAAGUUAUGGCAGUGAACCAUAUCAGAUCUUUGAGAAGCUUUAUUAUUAUGAAGGAGGCACUUGGGGAGGUGGGCCAGCGAACAUUUGCGACUGGGACUGGUAAAGCAAAGAAGGGUGCUAAAGGAGGUGCUGCAAGCGAUGCACCAAAAGCAUCGAUACUGAGCAAAGAAGUCAAGUCUACAACAGUAGUAGGUGCCAAUAUUCUAAAGGAUGGGACAGAUCCUAAGAUCUUGGCAGAUUCUGAGUACCCUGACUGGUUGUAUCAUCUCCUUGACAAACGUCCAGCUUUGAGUGAACUAAGAAGGAAGAACACUGAAACUCUUCCUUAUGAAGAUUUAAAACGCUUUGUCAAGCUGGACAAUCGGGCAAGGAUUAAGGAAAACAACUCUAUUAAGGCCAAGAACUGAUACAAAGAGAAAAUUUAAAAAAAUUCUACCAGAGGCAUCAUUUCUUUGUCAAGCGUUAUGCAUCUUUUUUUCUAGGAUUCCUUCAAUGUAAUGGACUGGCAUGUAACUGAAUUGAAAGUAGUCAUGAUUUUACAGAUCUA